AUGGCGCCGAACCGCAUCGAGCAAGACGAAAUCGAAAAGUACUGGGAGAUAUUCAGUUCGCUCAGCGGCGGCGGCACCCACCUAGACGGCGCGCAAGCCGCACCCGUGCUCAAGAACUCACAUUUGCGCGAUGACCAGCUGGAGAGAGUGUGGGAUCUAGCCGACGUGGACAAUGACGGCAAGCUCGACUUUGAGGAGUUCUGUGUCGCCAUGCGACUGAUCUUUGACCUGAUCAACGGGAUAUCUAUGGAUGUACCAAAAGCGCUGCCCGACUGGCUCGUCCCCGAAUCCAAAGCCCACCUCGUCCAGGCCGGACGCGCCCUCUCCGGCUCGCAACCCGCCUACGAAACCGUCGAAGACGAUGACGACACGCCCGGUCUGCGCGACGGCUUCGACUGGUACAUGUCGCCCUCGGACAAGGCGAAAUACGAAGAAAUCUACACAGCCAACCGCGACGGCCACGGCAACAUAACCUUUGACAGUCUGUCCGGCCUCUUCGACAGCCUAGACAACGUGCCCGACUCGGACGUGCGCUUCGCCUGGAACCUCGUCAACCCCAAAGCGCGAGAAAGCGUCGGCAAAGACGCCUCCCUCGCUUUCCUCCACAUCCUCAACCAACGCAGCGAAGGCUUCCGCGUGCCCCGCAGCGUGCCCCCGAGCCUGCGCGCGAGUUUUGAGAAAGCGCACAUAGACUACGACAUUGAAUCAAACGCAAACUCGCGCUGGGCCGCGACACGCGACGAAAACACCGCCACGGGCCGCAAAGCCAAAUUCGGCGACGCAUACCUCACGCGCCUGGGCGUCGGCGACCGCGCAGCCAACUACGGCGCGCGCGGCGGCAAAGGCACUGAUUUCGGGGGCCGCACAACAGAAGACUGGGAGGAAGUGCGCUUGAAGAAGCAGCUGCGCGAGCUGGAGCAGAAGAUUGCGGAUGUGGAGAAGGAGGCGGAGAAUCGGCGGCAUGGGCGCAGUAAGGAUAGUAAACCGGCGCUUGUGAAGCGUGAAUUGGAGCUUCUGCUUGAUUAUAAGAGGAACGUGCUCAAGGAGUUGGAUAAUGAUGAGGGGGGUGCGGUUAAGGGGUUGGGCGGCAUUAGAGAGGAGAUUGAGACGGUGAGGGAACAGGUUGAGGGGUUGCAGGGGCAUUUGGAGAGUAGGAAGGGGGUGUUGGAGGAUUUGAGGAGGCAGAUUGAUGAUGAGAAGGCGGGGUAG